UCCGAAGAAGUGAAGCGUGCGACGUGACGUGAUUUUUAUCGCGCAUCGACGACUCUCCGUAUAUGAAUAUAUAUGCGGAAUAGAGCGCGCGCGCGCGCAUCGAGUAUACAAUACACGUAGACCGAGUGAAAACGUCAUUUUCGUCGUGAUCUCAUCAUGUUCGUAUGUUUUUCUCUCGCCGGAUUUUCGCCGCGGGCUCGAGCUACGUGAGAAGAGCGAGAUGACGCGUGCCCGACACGUGCGAGCGCAGCGAAUCGCGCAAAAGCACGCCGCGUAAUCGAUCCCCCACAGUUCCGCGAUGCUGGCCGUGCGUAACCUCUAAAUACGCCGCAGAAAAAGAGCGCCGCACAUAACCUAAAAUCAUCUCCGAGCCUCACGUUGUACACGUAACGUGCUUUCUUUUCUCCUUUUUUUUUUCGUCAUUCGUUGAGUUCUCGCUUCCUCUCGCGUCUGUCACGUUCGUUCGCUUGAUUCGGAUCCCUUCGAGGGUCCUUCGCGCUUCGCGAAGCCGAGGGAAAAAUAAAUAAAUAAAUGAAAAGAGGGGACCAAAGUGCGUACUAAUUCGCGAGUGGGAUCCGAUUCGAUAUUUCGUCCGCCUCUGCCGCGGAUCGUCAUCGAUCUUCCUCUUCAUCUUCCUGGAUAACGCAUCGAGCGAAACAUCGACGAUGAAACGAAAUAGUUAGGAGAUGCUGUCAGUUACGGACGAUCGCCUAUGUAAUCGGUGGAUUAUGUUGCACAGGAGGCAGACGUCUUAGGCAAGAUGUCUCGCAGUUUGCCGGACAGAGUGGCCGGGCUCUAUUAUGCCCACGGCCUAUUCUGCUCUUCUCAUCCUGUCAUCGUGCUCUCGCUCGCAAUCUCGGUUUUGUUAUUUUGCUGCUAUCCACUUGUCAAUUUGCCCAUGCCUGGCAAUACUCCGAAGACUCUGAUAAAUGACACAGUUAUACCAGCCAAUGGUACGGAAACUUCAGUAUUGUACGUUCAACAAGUAGUGCUGAGAAUCGGAGUGAUGCCAUGGAACGAAGAUCUGACACUGAUGGACGCCUUUCGGGGGCCUCUCUACGAAGUGUUCAAUCUUCUGGAAAUCAUACAGAAUUAUGAACAUCCAGAAACAUUUGAAACGCUUAACAAAGUAUGUUUGCAUAUCGAGGCAGUGAAAAGACGAAAUGGCAAAAUGGCAGACUUAUUGCCAGAAUACAACUGUCUUGUUUUGUCACCUGCAAAUUUGUGGCAACAAAGUAUGGAAUCGUUUGCUCAAGAUACAAAUCUUAUUAAUACAAUAUUUUCUUAUCAGAAUCUUCAGAGAGGUAAAAUAAGUCUCGCAGAAGUAAUGUUUGGAAUGAGUUUGAAAGAAACGGGAGUGAAGAGAUAUCCUGCUCGGAUUCGCCAAAGAAUUCUUCAAUAUGCUGUAACAAUUUAUUUGAAGAAAUAUGAUGAACAAUUUAUUAAAGGGUUGCAGAAUCGAUUGAAAACUUAUUAUUAUCUGCAUCAAAAUGUUGACAACAACACGGACGUUGAUACGCCUGAUGAAAUAUUGAAUAUUUUCUAUCCUGGUGAAUUCAAUUAUAGUGAAUUCUUCCCACUGAUGAUGACCUUACUGGCCUUAUUUUUCUACGAAUAUUUUCAAGUGCGAAAAAUAGAACUUGUCAAAUCUAAACUCGGCAUUGCGUUUAGUGCCACUGUGACAGUAAUGGGUUCGCUAUCUAUGACAGUGGGUGUGUGCUUUUUCUUUGGUUUGACUCUGAGUAUGAGCGCCAAAGAAGUGUUUCCAUACCUGGUGAUUAUUUUCGGCCUUGAAAACGUUCAGGUAUUGACAAAGAGUGUCGUCAGUACGGCCGCCCAUCUGGAUGUGAAAAUACGUGUCGCUCAAGCUCUAUCGAAGGAAGGAUGGUCCAUUACGAAAAAUCUGCUUACAGAAGUGACGAUAUUAACUAUUGGACUGUUCACUUUUGUUCCUGCCAUUCAGGAAUUUUGCAUAUUCGCAAUCGUUGGACUACUGAGUGAUUUUUUCCUGCAAAUGGUAUUCUUCUCGACUAUUCUUGCGCUCGACAUCAGACGUACGGAGCUAUCUAACGAAAAUUCCAAAUUUCACUUGUCGCACAUCCCCACGUCACGCAGACAACAAUUCACAACUACUAUUACCAACAGAAAACCUCACAUCUUCCGCUCCAAGUCUCAUCCAAAAUUAAACGGUUUAGCCACAGGGCCGACAAACGUUAUCGCUCCAAAUACGCAAAAUACUCAUACGCUGGGCAAGAUUCCCAAGCGUUUGAGAUUGGUGCACUUUUGGGCGCGAACGCGAAUCUUCCAACGUGCAUUUAUGGUAUGGAUGGUUGUAUGGAUCAGCAUGACUAUCAACAAUUCUGGCAUUAUUGAACAUGUGAUACAUUUGAGCGAGACGCUAAAACCAGAAGCUGAUGAUGGAUAUACGAUAGAUAAACCUCAACCAAUGAACUAUGUUGAAAUUAAUACAGUGACACCAAUAUCCGUAUCACCAGCGACUAUAGUACCUGAUAAUUUGAAUGAACAGGAUGUAACUAAUAAUACGACCGAGGAAUUAAACAAGUUAAGACCUAUGGAUUAUCCGCCUUGGAACAGUUUAUCAUUGUAUCAUUGGUCCUCGAUUCUUUCGAUGUAUAACGUAUCGAUUGCUGGUGGACGAGUGACUAUACUUCCGACAAUAAAGCUAUCACAUGCAGUGAAUCCACAAUUAGUGAAAAUAAGCAAUCCGAAAGACGUUCAGCACUUCCAAUGGCAGAGUCUCGCUACCGCCGCGCUGGAUCCCUUGGAUUUUUCUGAUAUGGAAGUACGAUCGAGAUCAGAAGGACGCGUAUUUAAUACGGAUGCGCCUUUUGUACCGUCGAGUCCGAUGGAGAUAUUUUUGGCCGCUGUACUGUGUCUCAUUAGCGUGAUUGUAGUCGCUUACACGAUGGUCGUCCUUUAUCGUUGUAUCUGCUCCAGAAAUUACGCCGAGUGGCGUGCUAGCUGGAACAAGCAAGAGAAGACGCACGAUUCCGUUACUCAGCUAGUGCUGGAGGCCGUGCCCUUGGUUUUGGAAGGUCAUACUCAGGAAGUGGAAUGUAUCGCGACGGACGGCAAUACAGUUGCUAGCACAUGUUUAGCGGGACACAUCAGAAUAUGGGAUUCAACAUCCGGCGAGCAGCUGGCGCAUAUCGAUAGACGGCAAUUUUUCACCAGUCCACACAAAAAUUUAAGCCAAACGUCACCGGAUACUGAUGAACUCAUGUCGGAUUACGAGAGCGGUUCACCACCUUCCAGAGGAGAGAUGGAAGCGGCGCAAUCAAUGGGACUUUACUCACCGGCGAUGUAUCCAGGAAAGUUUUCCCCCGCUUACAACAAUACGCAGAGGGUUAAUAAUAACAAUCAUAAAAGGCGAUCUAUAGGAAACACUCUGGAUUAUGAUUAUCAGAUCGCUGAACUCGGUAGCGGUACUAGACAGAGACUGAUGUUACGUCGAAGCUUAGACAGUGCUUACGAUAUUCCUGAUUUGAAAUCGGCGAUCAAUACUAAAUUCACAGCCAUAAAAUAUACACCCUUGCAAAAGAGCUACGAUCAAGGUUUCGAUUUUGGCGAACGAUAUAAGAUUUUACUGGAGGAACAUAAUAAAUCGAUCGAGGAAAUGCAAAAAUCUGAAACUAGGGAACAGUCGAGCAUUCCCCCUGCAAGAUUAAAUAACUCGGUUGGCAGUACGACCUCCAUAAAUACAGAUCGCACGAUACAAUCAUCGCAUAUCGCAUCGGCGAUCUGGUGUAUGGAUUAUCAGGAAAAUCUCAUAGUGGUUGGAUGCGCUAACGGCAGUCUAGAAUUCUGGGAAGGUACAACUGGUAGAUUUAAGUGUCUCUUCGAUGAUGGAUCGGGACUUGGAAUUUCUGCCGUUAAACUCGUCGGCAGCAGAGUAGUAGCGGCUAAAUUGAAUGGAACCAUCGACUUUCUACAGCUCGAGAGUUACAGCGAAGGCCAGCAGAUUGAUUGGGGCUUCACGUCCUAUAGAAGAACACAUGUGCGAACAGGAAGCGCUGGUUCACCCAUGGACCUAAAUAACAGUAUGCAAACGGAGGAAGAUCUGCGCUGCAUGAAAAUUGGCUGUCAUAGAGCGCAUCAACAAGCGAUCACCGUCCUGGACAGCGAAGGCGGACGCGUAUUAACGGGUAGCCAAGAUCAUACUUUGAAAGUAUACAGGUUAGAGGACCAAUUGCCUCUGUACACGCUUCAUGGACAUUGUGGUCCGAUAUCAUGCCUAUUUAUCGAUAGACUCAGUCCGAUGACAUCCGGUAGCGGAUCUCAGGAUGGAUUACUGUGCGUGUGGGACCUGUUGACAGGGACAUGCAUGUAUAGUAUUCAAGCGCACGAUGGGGCUAUAGCUGCUAUCACAUGUUCGGUAUCGUAUGUGAUAAGUAUUGGAACAGAUGAAAAACUAUGUGUCUGGGAGCGUUUUCAAGGACACUUAUUGCAUACUUUGCCGGCACUUAAAGCGGCUUAUAGUUUACAAUUAGUGAUGCUAACGCAUCAUCUACUCAUAACUAGUAAUCAGGGAUCAUUGGUAGUUUGGGACGUAAGAACGGGCGAGCCUGUGCGGGAAGUGAGAUUGGGUCAUAAAGACAGUUGCAUUUUUGUAAAACAAAUGUUGGCGUUGAGAGACAGCGUGGUUUGCGACUACGGCCGACAAUUGAGAAUAGUCAGAUUCCCAUUGGUCUCUGAUAAGCUCGACUAAGUUCUCUGAAUACGCGCGUGUACAUAGCUGUUUUUCUUUAUCUAGCGUUAUUCGAAGAAAAAAGUGUCUUAAUUGUUUAAUCUUUAGCUUUUAGAACUUAUAGAUUUUUAUACGACAUAUAUCAUGGUAUUCUAAAGAGCAAAGUAUAUUUUGGAUGUAAAUUUAUGUUUUCUGACUACACUGUGGCCAUUUUAGAGUGCACGACUUUCGUAUAAUCGCGAUACAUGUUUACAUAAAUAUAUUUUUUAUCCGAUAAAACAUACGUAAUCACAUUUUCUUCGAUUUUUAUGCCAAAUCAUCGUUGCUAAUAACAUUAAUGAUAUCUAUGAACACCAAUUGAAAAGAUUGAAAAUCAUAUAGCUACACAGGGGUGUAUAUAUUCUAUUUUAGAAUUCUUUUUAUUUAAAUAAAUUAUAAAGAUGAUUUAAAAUUCAUGUGCUAGAUUACAAUAUUUAAGCUCAAUGUAUGUAUUAAUAUCUCUUCAUUCUAAUAUUUUAUAAUUUGCAUAGUGGCUGUGCUUCAUUUUGGAACGCCUAUUAGCUUUUGUUAUAUAAUAUAAAAGCGCUUCAUAUUCUCUAUUUAAAUAUUUUUUAUGUUUUUACGAUUUAGAUGACAUCGUGAUAACAUACAUGCAUUUGUGUUGUUCUCUAAUGCAUAAAGAUAUAAGACAUUCUAGUUAUGACAUUCUGAUGAUGAUUGACAUAAAUGUCUGCGACAAAUAAUAAUAAGUUUCUGUGACAUUUUAAAUAUUUCUAUUCAUUUUAAUAAUUAAAUAUGAAUUUUGAAAUUCAUUCAAAUCGUAUUCAAAUAUAAUUCUACGAAUUAGUCAAAAGACUUUGAAUUGUAUAAUAACAUUACGAAUAUAACUACAAGUAAGCUGUCUGUAAAACUUAAACCUGAGUCUUCGUAUGAAUAUAAAUAUAUAUAUUGAAGAUGCAGAUGAAAAUGAAAUAA